CAAUCCUCUCCGGCUGUGAUAUGAACCCAAGCCAGAGCUGGGCGAGUGCUUUACCACUGUGUCACGGGGACACGCCGGUAUACCCUAUACCGGCGUGUUUUGUUCAAGAGACUAUGCCCAUACCGAAUUUCGAUGAAUUUUCUUGAAGGCCACUAUUUCUCUAGUGGCCUUGAUUAAGACAGGAAGCUGGCACCUUGUCAAAGGUUCACCCCAUUUUCCUGAUUUUAUCCAGCUGGAUUUAAAACUGCAGCAGUUUUAGCAUUUACCAGAAUUUACCUGAGGGCUACUAUAUCUUUAGAGACCUUGACGAACAUAGGAAGCCAGCAGCUUGUUAAAGAUUUCCCCUUUGUCCUGAUGAUUUUAUCAAGCUGGAUUUUGAAAUCAGCAGUGCUUUGGCAUUUACAGCUUCAGCAGGCCCAAGAGUCUAAGCGAUACAUCCCAAGACGAGCUGUCCUCUAUGUUCCUGGCAAUGAUGACAGGAAGUUGAACAAAAUCCCCAGCCUUCGAGCAGACUGUAUUGUGAUGGACUGUGAAGAUGGAGUUGCUCUAUCCAAAAAGGAAUCGGCAAGAUCUAAGAUCCAUCAUGUUUUACAUUCUAAAGAAAUAGAUUUUACUGGAAAAGACUGUUCAGUUCGCUUUAACAGUGUAGAAAGUGGACUGUGUGAAGCAGAUAUGCAGGAGAUUCUAUCGGCAAAGUAUCUUCCAUCCACCAUACACCUCCCAAAAGUAGAUUCUCCUGCGCACCUUGAAUGGUUUACAGAUAAGCUGAAGUUUGUCAUGAAGGGUCACAACUCUUCAGAAAAGCUGCGUCUCAUAAUCUUCACAGAAUCUGCAGAAUCACUCCUCAGUCUCCCAGAAAUUUGUCGUCGUGGAGUUGAGCUGUCCAGAGAUGCUCCUUUCGACCUUGAUGGCAUUGUGUUUGGGUCAGAUGAUUUUUGUGCUGAUAUUGGUGCAACACGGACAAAUGAAGCAGGAGAAUUAACCUUUGCACGGCAGUAUGUUGUUACAGUAGCAAAAGCUUUUAAACUGCAAGCUGUUGACCUGGUAUAUAUUGAUUAUAAAGAUCUUGAUGGACUCCGAACACAAAGUGAAGAAGGAGCUGGUAUGGGAUUUACAGGCAAACAGGUAAUCCACCCGGAUCAAGUACCAGUGGUGCAGGAAGCCUUCUCACCACGGCCAGAGAAGGUGGAAUGGGCAGCAAGUCUUGUGCGUGCCUUUGAACAGCAUCAACAGGAAGGAAAGGGAGCCUUCACUUUCCGAGGCCAUAUGAUCGACAUGCCACUACUACUACAAGCACGCAAUGUUCUCCAAUUGGCAUCCAAUACAUAAACAUAUACAAAUAUAGUACAAUAUGAAGAGAAUGCUUGGAAAGUGCAAUAAUGCAAGAAAUAUGAUCUGUGUGGGAACCUGAUGGUGUACUGUAGUAGGUCAGCGGAUCAUCGAACAAUCCACACAACAUUGCCUGAAACCAAAAAUUACUGGCACAUUUUAAUCUUGGCACAAGUGAUUAUUUGCGCAACAAAUACAUUAUCCAAAAAUACAGGCUGUCUGUACUAGUACAGAAAUUAUCUGGAAAAUAUAAAGUUAAUUGCAGAUUGUGUACAUAGUGAACACUGGACAUUUUGGCAACAGGUAAUACUACAAAUGUAAGGGUAAGACUGUGUAUUAUUUUUAUUAUCUAUGCACACAGCUACCUAUGGCAGUUAAUGAGAAUAUGUACACUAAUUGUAAAAGAAAAUAAACAAUAAUAAUAGAUGGUUCAAAAUGUA